GGCCGGGGCCGUUUCAGGUACUUUAGUAUACAGCAUAGAGUAAGUAAUUUUUUUUUACUUUCUCUAUGGUAUACAGUUCAUUGGGCGUAGCAUGGGUGUAGGUCCGAACCGUAUUUUGGUAUUUUUGUACGGUAUUGUACGCCAUGUUUUCAGCCUUCAAUCCGAAUUUAUGGAAUUCAGGAAUCUUUUCAAAUGGCUUGUACGGUAAUACGCCUCACAAAACAUCCCCCCAUAGAUAAAGACGAGCAGGAUAAAGACCCUAGGGGAAUUUCAGAAUCCGGAGGGAACGAUGUCAAAUUCCCAUUUGUUCCUGAAACCGGCCUUCAUAACAACUCCAGGCCAGAAUGGAGUUGGCCGAUACGUUUGCCAGUUGCAGCGGGUUGUCCUGAAGUUCUGCAUGAGCCAUGGGAGCAGCCGCGGAGUUCGGGAGUUCAUCGAAACCCGACUGCUGGAGUUUGUGAAGGAGAGUCCGGAAGUGGCUGUGUACUUGAAACCCCGCCGACACAAAUCGCCGAUCAUCAAGGCGGAGUACUUGAAUGGCGAAACGCAAUGGGUCAACGCCAGACAGUUCACAGAUGACGAAGUCCUCAAGUGGCUCAACCUGCUCAAGUCACAGUCCUCGAACCGCUCGGGCGUCCGGCUGAGGAAACUGAUGCACACUGAUUUCCCGUCCAUCCAGGGGCCGUGGACGCCUUAUUUGUUCAGGGAUCCUCAGCUCAAUUUGGCGCGUUUCCCCAGCGAGGAACUCUCGAGGCCGCUGCAUGGCACGAAGACAGCCACCCAGCAGCUCUUCGAAAUAUUUGAGAAGCAAAAAGCGGCACAAAAUGCCAACAGUAGCUAAGUGGUGUUUUGCAGUUCCAGUAGCGACGCUUCGACUUAUGUUUGGUCUUUGUGUGUGUAACCAAAUGGACUAGGAAUAAAAAGGAAAAUACUGA